GGUUGUUUCCGGUUAUCGGGGCAAACGUGGCGCUGUGGGAGCGGGGGAUAUUAUUCGUUGUUUCUUGUUCCACGAUUAUUUAAUUAAGUGCGUGCUCAGUUGUUGAAAUCGGGUGGAAACUCGAGCAUCUGCGGAUUUGAAAAUGGAGCAAUCAGGAUCAGAACUCGAGCAGAGUCUGUCGAGGCUCAAUGUGAACGCAGCGGAAUUUGUACCAUCAUGGGCCACCCCUGCGGCGCCGGACCCGCCGCCGCCGGAGGACGGGCCGCGUCCCGCCUCGUCCACCAACUCGUCGGCCACCACACCCGGCGACGACACGAGCGGCAAGCACUCGGCCGGCGCCGCCGACGCCACCGUUGACAACUGGGAGGAGACGGCCGACAGCACGUCCGAGGCCGUGACGCCAAACGAGGAGGAUGAGGCCGAGGACGAGGACGAGGACGACGGCAGCGAGUCCAAGGAGCUGAAGCCGCGCAAGAAGAAGGUGCGGCAGCCGUCGGAGCGCGAGAGCACCAAGGAGCACGUCAACAUGGUCUUCAUCGGACACGUCGACGCGGGCAAGUCGACCAUCGGCGGACAGAUCAUGUACCUCACCGGCAUGGUGGAUAAGCGGACCCUGGAGAAGUACGAGAAGGAGGCCAAGGAGAAGAACAGGGAGACCUGGUAUCUCAGCUGGGCGCUCGACACCAACCUGGAAGAGCGCGACAAAGGCAAGACGGUAGAGGUGGGGCGAGCGUACUUCGAGACCGACAAGAAGCACUUCACCAUCCUGGACGCACCCGGCCACAAGAGCUUCGUGCCCAACAUGAUCGGCGGCGCCUCGCAGGCCGACCUGGCCGUCCUGGUAAUCUCGGCGCGCAAGGGCGAGUUCGAGACGGGCUUCGACCGGGGCGGGCAGACCCGCGAGCACGCCAUGCUGGUGAAGACGGCCGGCGUCAAGCACCUGGUGGUGCUGGUGAACAAGAUGGACGACCCUACCGUCCAGUGGUCCGAGCAGAGGUACAGCGAAUGUAGGGACAAGUUGAUGCCGUACCUCAAGAAAUGCGGCUUCAACCCCAAGACCGACGUGGCAAUUAUGCCAUGCUCGGGCCUGACCGGAGCCGGCCUCAAGCAGCCCGUGGACCCGGCCGUCUGCCCCUGGUACAGCGGGCCGGCGUUCAUCCCGUACAUCGACACGCUGCCGUCGAUGCAGCACAACCCGGAGGGACCGUUCAUGAUGCCGAUCGUCGACAAGUACAGCGACCGGGGCACCAUCGUGCUGGGCAAGGUGGAGAGCGGCACCUGCAAGAAGGGACAGACGCUGCUGCUCAUGCCCAACCGGAUGUCCGUGCAGGCGGACGCGCUCUGGUCCGACGACGAGGAGGUGACGUCGGUGGUCGGCGGCGAGAACGUCAAGAUCCGGCUGAAGGGCGUCGACGAGAACGACAUCUCGUCGGGCUUCGUGCUGUGCGACCCGUCGCGGCCGGUGCCGACCGGCCGCGUGUUCGACGCACAGGUGGCCAUCCUGGAGCACAAGUCUAUCAUCUGCGCCGGCUACUCGGCCAUCUGCCACCUGCACACGGUCGUCGAGGAGGUCACCGUUAAGGCGCUGCUGUGCAUGAUCGACAAACGGACGGGCGAGAAGUCGAAGAGCCGGCCGCGGUUCGUCAAGCAGGACCAGGUGGUGAUCAUGCGGCUCGAGUCCAGCGGACCCAUCUGCCUAGAGGUCUUCAAAAAGUUCCCCCAGCUGGGCCGGUUCACACUACGCGACGAAGGAAAAACGAUCGCCAUAGGAAAAGUGCUUAAGUUAAUCGAGUGAACUGUGUUACUUAGUGGCAAUGUGCCGGCCGGGUUCGGUCGGCGCGUGAUGGAGGGAGAGACGUAGGGACAGCGGCUAUUCCGAUUGGCGGUGGUCGCCAGGGACGAGGCGCCGCUCGUGCCGGGUGCCGGCCGGCUCCUGGCCCCCACUCACCUAUAUCUUGUGUGAUGGCCUUAAUUUAAUGACCGCCGAUAGGCGAGUGCGUCGGGAGCAAGGACAGGUGCUGCCGUCUGGCGGGAUGACGCGAAACAGGAUCUGGACAGGUGGCCGAAGGGUGGCGGUGGCGCGGCGGGGGCGACUGUGCAGCAUUGCCGCCAUUGUGUUGAAUACAUAUUCUGAUAGAUUUUA